UCAGAAAGGAUUAUACUCCCACAGCUGCUGCUGCUGAUAUAAUAUAAUCACAGAUAUAUUAUAAUAAUUAUUGUUCUAUGGUAUUAUGAAACUAUAUAUUAAACAUCUGCUGCAGCUGUGUACACAGAACAAUAAUUAUACUACCACUGUAGGAUUUCUCACAUCACAUCAGAUAUCAUAUUCUGCCAUGUAUAAUAUACUCAUCUACGUUAUCUGUGUACUACUGUAACUACUAUAAGCGCACUGUACUCGUAUCGCUUUUAUUUUAAACAAUGCCUAUGGACUGUAUGGACAACGUGAACUUGGGAAACUGUUUGUGGUUUGAAGGAGGCAGUGAAAAAAGAAAUGUUUUUGCUGGGAUGAUAUCAGGACUUCUGUUUGCAGUCGGAUGGUGGCUAAUAAUAGAUGGCAUGGCUGUAAACCCUAGUCAAGUACCCGGCACCUAUCACAUAUGUGGAUUGGUUGGAACAUUUUCAUUGUUUAUGAUUAACGUAGUAUCUAAUUCUCAAAUUCGAGGAGAAGCUUACUCAGGAGGAUGGUUUGGACCCAGAGGAGCACGUAGUUGGUUAUUUAUGGGUUUUGUAUUAGGUUUUGCUGCUUUGAUUGCUGCUUGUUGGAUAUUUUUUGCUGAUUUUGUAGCAGCUAAAAGUUCAGUUAAACCAAAUAUGACAGUUGGACUUGAACUGUUUUUUCAGAAUGCUUUUAUAUUUGCUGCUUCUCUGAUUUACAAAUUUGGUCGUGUGGAAGAUCAAUGGUAAAGAAAAAUAAUAUUUAAAUGAUUAAUGUGGUACUACUUCAAAAAAUAUAUAUAUUCAAUUUCUACAAAAACUAAAUUGUGUGUAAUAACUAAUAAGCAUUUGAGACUAUAUAAUUGUAAAUAUUUUUAUUUUAAUAAAAUUUUAGUUGUAUAUUUAAGAAAAUACAAAUUAGUAGAUUAACUUAUUCAAAUUUUAAUCUUAAAUAGAAAAAAAAAUUUAAUUAUCUGCUUAAUUUAUUGAUUUAAGUUUUUAUUGUAAUAUUUUUUAUAGGAAUAAUCUAUUAAAUAUAUUGAGUUAUCUACUUCUGAAAAAAAAUAAA